AUUUAGUUUUUAUUAAAAUGUAAACAUUAUUAACAGUUGUUGAAAUAGCGACUGUACUUCAUGUUGCCUUGAUUGGGAAAAAUGAGUGACAAUAGCAGGAUUCCUUUCAUAAUGGACUGACAAUGUAAAGAGACUUUACUUUUACCCAAAUGAUACCAAUUAUGGCAACAUUUUAAUUUUUACCAACAGAACCUUUAAUUAACAUGUAAUGAACAUAAUCAAAUUAAAUGUUGAUUAGCAUAAAGAAACUAAAUGAGAAAAACAUUUGGCAUCAACAGGUCAUUUUACCAUCUUUAUUCAACCGCUCUUUCUGUUUUCCUAUUAACAUGUUAUUUUACAAAGGUUAUUUUAAUGUUGCUCAUAUAAAUUGUACCUUAAUUUGUGUGUUUAUUCAGUUAAUUAUCAACAAUUGGAAGGUGCAAAAACAACAGGAUCCCCAAAUUAUCAAUCAAAAUGAAAUUGUUCAUUAAAUUGAUUGCUAUUUCAGCCUUAAUAUCAACCUGUUUAAGUGUUACUUUACCUAAAUCUGUUCUCGUCCGCUUGUGUGAAACUGCCCGUUCAGCUCGAAACCUAGGCCUUGGUAAAGGUAGAGUAGCCGAAGCCAUUAUCGAUGAUAUUAAAAGUUAUCUUGCCAAAGGAGCGUCAUCCAGAAGAGAGAUGGUUCAUGUCACAGCUAACAAUUAUGGUAUGUCUCAGAUAAUUGCAAUUACUAAUUUUAAACCUGAUUAUGAUACAUUCGCUCAAAUACUGGGUAUGUUGAGUGACAUCAAAAAACCUACAGUACCUGGUGAGACUUCAACAUCUCCUUCUGUGGCUAUUACUGCUUCCCCGAUGGACUCCGAUUUACCAUCUCUUCCUGAUAAUACGUUUGAUGGACUAGAACCUUCAUUAAUCAAUUCAACUUUUCCCGAUUCACUUCCUGAUGAUUUUUCCAAUAUCUCACCGCCAUCUGUUUCAACAGAAACUGCCAAUGUUGACUCAUCUGUCUCUGGAAAUGAUUCAGUUGCUGGUGUUGUUCAACAAGUUGUUUCAACCUUAACUGCUAAUGAAUGUUCAAAUCUUGAUUUUCCAGAGUCACUUGAUAUUGAAAAUCAAUCAGAGGUACAAAAAGCCGUUCUCAGAGUAGCAAUAAGUGGAUUCAAACAACGAGAGAAACAAAUGAAAUACCUUGAAAACUAUUUAAAUGUCGUCAAAGAUAAAUUAUUUGCUUGAAAAUCGCAAUCUAGUCAAUUGAACAGUGUAUUGCUCAAACAAUUGAAAUACAAUUUUUAACCUUAAUUAGCUCAAUUAACUAUUUGUCAAUGUUUCAUUAUGUUUAAACAACAAUUCCCGGUUGAAAAUCAAUGUUACAAAAUAAAGCAACAAAAUGAAUUUCAA